AUGCAUGCAGUCACCCUUCUAUCGAGGUUCAUGCAUUGUUGCAAUGUAGCUCAUUUCAAGGCCGCUAAAAGAGUAUUAAGGUAUGUAAAAGAAACCUUAGGCUAUGGUGUGAAGUUUGAGAAAGCUGAAGAACUGAAGCUGGUUGGCUAUUCAGAUAGUUCAGGAGUUUUUAGUUGGAGUUCUAAUAAGCAACAGACAGUAGCUCAAUCCACUGCAGAAACAGAGUAUAUUGUAGCUGCUACUGCUGUUCAAGCCAUUUGGCUUAGGAAACUUUUAAGUGACUUGAAUGAUGAUCAAGUGGAAGCAACAGAGAUUAAAGUUGACAAUUAG